AUGGCACAAAGCGUGAGACCGGCACCGAAAGCUGCGAUUGUAAAGGGCGUAGACCUCGGCGCAAUCUACUCUGAAAAUGUAGCUGCCAAAAUCAUACAGGUAGCACAACGAGGUCUGAAGCAAAAGGCUCCUUUACAAUCCUACCCACACACUGUACCUCAGACCGGCCCGGGACAAGGCCACUAUGAAGAGCGCGAAGCAGAUUUCUGGACCUGCGGCUUCUUCCCAGGCUGCAUAUACACGCUCCUUGAACGUUCAAUGAGAUACCCGCAAGCGAUCGACGUCCCCGACCACGUCCGACCACAGAUCCAAGAGCACUUGCUCAAACUAGGUCGGCAUUACAGUGUGGCUAUAAUCCAAAUGUCCAGCCGAACAGAUACCCACGACAUGGGAUUUAUUGUACAGCCGGCCCUACAAAAAGACUGGGAGUUGACGGGAAACAAGGAGAGUUACCAAUCCGUGGUAAAUGCUGCAUACGCGCUCGCCUCACGAUACGACGACAAAGUCAAGGCGAUUAGAAGCUGGGAUGUAGCCAUCAACGACCGCUAUUCCAUAACAGACAUGUCCACCAACUUCCUCGUCAUCAUCGACAGCAUGUGCAACCUCGACCUCCUCUACUACAUCGGCCACGCCCAAAACGACCCCACCCUCAUAACCAUAGCAACGCAACACGCAAACUCGAUAAUCAACGAGAUCCUCCGCCCAGACUACUCCUCCUACCACCUCGUAAACUUCUCCCCUUCCACCGGCCUCCCCCAAGCCAAAAUGACAAACCAAGGCUGGACCGACGAUUCAACCUGGUCCCGCGGCCAAGCCUGGGCUAUCCUCGGUUUCGCACAGACGUACACCUGGACGAAAGAUGUCAAGUUCCUCGCGACGGCGAUUAACUGCGCAAACUACUUUGUGCGUCGUUUAACAGAGGGAGAGGGAAAGUGGCAUCAUCAUCUCGUCCCAGUGUGGGAUUUCGACGCCGAGCAAGAGGAUAUUCGGGAGCCGUUGCGGGAUGUUUCCGCAGGCGUGAUUGCGGCGAAUGGGUUGGUUAUUAUUUAUCUAGCGUUGCUGGCGCUGCCUUCGGCCACUGCUGCUGAACUUUCUGAUGGAACGGAUUUCUUGGAGUUGGCGGUGGGGACUGUGGGACAGACGCUUGAGAUGAGUUAUGAUGCUGACUUUGCGUCUUUCAAAGCUCCUUUGGCGAAGAAAAGCACGGUGAAUGGGAAUGGGAAUGCAAAUGGGGUUAAUGGAGUGACGGUAGGUGCAGAGGUGGGUAUCAAGGAGACGCGGUUUGAGUGUAUAUUGCGGAAUAGCACGACGAAUUGGAAUAGGCAUGCGCAUAAAAAGUAUAAGAAUCAUGGGUUGGUUUAUGCGGAUUAUUUUCUGUGCGAGUUUGGGAAUAGGCUGUUGAGGGCGGGGUUGGUUUAG